CGUUUGCACAACAUAACAGUCCAGGCAUUUUUCUUCGCUGUGCUAACGUUACAACUGGCAGUGCGCCUAAGCGGCCAUAUGUAAUUUAGCCUCAUUCAUUCGUUUAGGACGCACGUCGCUGGUUUCUAUCGACGGCGGACUGCGGGCCUCACACCGAAGAGCUGCGAGUUCGCUCAGCUCCGUUUUUCUUUCGGAGCUUUAUCGGUUUAUGCCUCGGUGAGUGUCCGUUUGAGCUGGUGGUGACAGCACAGCAGCGGUACGAUGAUCGAGCGACCAGACACUGCGGUUCCCAGCAUCGCUCAGCGGAACCUGGAGGGCUAUGUGGGCUUUGCUAACCUCCCUAACCAGGUGUAUCGGAAGUCAGUCAAAAGAGGUUUUGAAUUCACAUUAAUGGUUGUAGGUGAAUCUGGACUUGGGAAAUCAACACUCAUCAACUCCCUGUUCCUGACUGACCUGUACUCCAAGGACUACCCUGGGCCUUCUCAGCGGAUCAGGAAGACUGUGCAGGUGGAGCAGUCCAAGGUGCUGGUCAAAGAAGGAGGGGUUCAGUUGACGCUCACUAUUGUUGACACGCCCGGGUUUGGAGAUGCAGUGGACAACAGCAACUGUUGGCAGCCGGUCAUAAACUACAUUGAUAGUAAGUUUGAGGACUUCCUCAAUGCAGAGUCGAGGGUGAACCGCAGGUCCAUGCCAGACAACAGAGUCCACUGCUGCCUGUAUUUCAUCGCACCCUCUGGACAUGGCCUGAAGCCACUGGACAUCGAGUUUAUGAAAAGACUCCACGACAAAGUCAACGUCAUUCCCCUAAUUGCAAAAGCUGACACUCUGACCCCUGAAGAGUGCCAGCUUUUCAAAAAACAGAUAAUGAAGGAGAUACAGGAGCACAAGAUCAAAAUUUAUGAAUUCCCAGACACAGAGGACGAUGAAGACAACAAGCUCAUCCGAAAAAUCAAGGAGAAGAUGCCUCUGGCAGUAGUUGGCAGCAACGCGGUGAUUGAGGUGAACGGCAAGAAGGUUAGAGGUCGCCAGUACCCAUGGGGGGUUGCUGAAGAGGGCAUUUUUGUGGAGAACGGGGAACACUGCGACUUCACCGUGCUACGCAACAUGCUGAUCAGGACCCAUAUGCAGGAUCUGAAGGACGUCACCAACAAUGUCCACUAUGAAAACUACCGUAGUAAGAAACUCGCAGCUGUCACCUGCAAUGGAGUAGAUGCUACCAAGACCAAGGGACAGCUUACAAAGAGUCCCCUGGCACAGAUGGAGGAGGAGAGGAGGGAGCAUGUGAUGAAAAUGAAGAAAAUGGAGGCUGAAAUGGAGCAAGUCUUUGAGAUGAAGGUUAAAGAGAAGAAGCAGAAGCUGAAGGAUUCAGAAGCUGAGCUGGAGCGGCGCCAUGAACAGAUGAAGAGGAACUUGGAAGCCCAGUACAAAGAGCUGGAGGAGAAGAGGAGAGUGUUUGAGGAGGAGAAGGUCAACUGGGAGGCUCAGCAGAGAAUCCUGGAGCAGCAAAAACUCGACGCCUCCAAGACAAUGGAAAAGAACAAGAAGAAAGGCAAAAUCUUCUAAAGAGCGACUCAGCGGGUUUCUUCAGUCUUUUUAUUUUCUCCCAUCUGAAACUCAGAAAACACACAAAGCAUAUACAGCGAUCAAUACAUUCCUUAACACUUCUGUGUACACAUGACAUGUACACUACAUAUACACAUAACCACCACACGCUUCUCUGCAGGGCAUCGUUUCUUCUUCUUUUUUGGGGGAUGCAUGUGCUCUUAUAUAAAAAGACGAGAGGUCAGAGCUUUUCCAAGCUUAUGGUAACACAUAACAAAUGGCAGGUGCCAUGGACGGCCAUUUACAGGCAGGCAGAUAGAUUCUUGUUUCCCUUUGCAGCCAUGUGUAUCCACAGAAGGGACCAAGUAUGUAGGAGAGACGUGGCAUUAGGCCCAGUCACACCUAAAACCAGAUGUUCAUACUGUGUGGUGUCCAGCUACAUUCUGACUAACCAGGAACAUGCAUCCGCUUCUCAGGAUUGUACAGAAUUUCAUCCAUUAUGAAGUUACAGAAAGUGGAGAAACGUCUUUCUAAGCAAAUUCUACAAACAAUAUGUUUUCUAACCGUUCGGUUUCUAGAAAAUGUGUUUUGAACAAACUAGCAAAAAUGUCUGUUGACUGCUAAUAACGUGUUAAAGCAACUUUUUAUUAGUACACCUUCUAGUUUUACACUCUGACAGUGACUAGAGUUUUACCUCCAUCAGCUUCCUUUAUUUUGAUCUCUUGCUUUGGUAAACAGUUACAAAAGUGAAGUUGAUUGUUUUUUCGUGUUACUAGACCCCAGCCAAGAUGUGAUUAAACGUUUGAUGCUGUCUGAUCCUAAUUCAUAAUCAUUUACUCCUUUUUUCCAGCAGCCAGAAUAUUGUUACUGCAGCGUGUGUGUAAUUCCUCUCUGAAUAGAAGAUAUUAUGCAAAAGCCUCACUGGUGUCUUCAGUAUCACAGGUUACAGUGUUUACAAAGAUGUUUUAUAUUGUGGUGUAAGUAAUGCGUGAUCUUCAUGUUUCUUUGGCUUAAGUGACAUAAGGAACAAUUAGCCAAAACAAAGCUGACACUACGGUUGUUCAGUUUAGCCCUAACUUCACCCCUGACUGGUCUUUGUUGUAGGACUAGUUCUACACUCACCAAACAAGACAGUUUAGCGUGCUACACCAACACGUAACAAGUGUAAUAAGUGUUUCCCCUAGUUGCCAUGUUUUAUUACCAUAUGAUGAGGAUCUUAUUGCUACUAUACUGUGUGUAUGCUCGAAGAAUGGCUCCUUAGCACCCUUGUAGUUUUCCUAUAAUCAUCUUAUAAUCCGUUUUUUAGUAUAGUUUUUUUGGAUGAUCCAGUAAAGGGACAGACCUUCUGCAGCACCUCCAUUGUGUACAUACUGUACCACCGGCUGCUCAGUGGCCUUUGGUUUCCUUUUUUUUAUGCCAGGAAUAACAAUAAAGCUUGUACUGAGAAGAA